GGAAGUGCUUUCCUUUUUCGUCGAGAGCUUGCAGCCAUGGCUCGAGGACCCAAGAAGCACCUGAAACGGGUGGCAGCCCCCAAGCACUGGAUGCUGGACAAGCUGACGGGAGUCUUUGCGCCACGCCCAUCGACGGGACCCCACAAGUUGCGCGAGUGCCUCCCGCUCGUGAUUUUCCUCCGCAACCGGCUCAAAUACGCCCUGACGGGCGAUGAGGUCAAGAAGAUCUGCAUGCAGCGCUUUGUCAAGAUUGACGGCAAAGUUCGCACCGACAUCACCUACCCGGCAGGCUUCAUGGACGUCAUCAGCAUCGAGAAGACGGGCGAGCACUUCCGCCUGGUGUACGACACCAAGGGGCGCUUUGCUGUGCAUCGCAUCAGCCCCGAGGAGGCCAAGUACAAGCUGUGCAAGGUGCGCCGCAUCCUGGUGGGCACCAAAGGCACCCCCCGGCUGGUGACGCACGAUGCCCGCACCAUCCGCUACCCGGACCCCCUGGUCAAGGUCAACGACACCGUCCAGGUCGACCUGCAGACGGGCAAGAUCACCGACUUCAUCAAAUUCGACACAGGCAACCUCUGCAUGGUGACGGGGGGUGCCAACUUGGGGCGCAUUGGGGUGAUAACCAACCGUGAGAGGCACCCUGGCUCCUUUGAUGUGGUUCACGUCAAGGACACCAACGGCAACAGCUUUGCCACAAGGCUCUCCAACAUCUUUGUCAUUGGCAAGGGGAACAAGCCGUGGAUCUCUCUGCCUCGCGGGAAGGGCAUCCGCCUCACCAUUGCUGAGGAGCGAGACAAGCGGCUGGCAGCCAAGCAGAGCAGCGGAUGAAGAUGCACAUGGAAAUAGAAAUGGGAAAUAUUUUAUUGUCACUGUAACACUUGUUUACAGUGAGGGCUAAAGAAACCAGAUUGGGAAAUGACACUCUCGGGUUUUUAUAGCCUUGCAUUUAGUCAACUCUCCUGAAGUUUCAAGGGCUUGUUUUCCAUCAAUUACGGAACCAAAUAAAGAAAAAACAAAAAUCA